AUGUGCCUGUGCCACGAGGAGGCCCACCACAUUUCAACUAUGGUUCUUUCUUGAUCUUCGAUUUUGUCUUCUUAACUGUUUUUUUACUUUGUCAUUGACAAGAGAAUUAAGAUAACAUCAAGACUUGGAAUACACUCAGUGAAUCAUUUGGUUUGUUCUUUGGCAGGUUUUCUGGUAUGAAAGGAUCGUGAUAUUGUUUAUUCUCCAAACAUUUUCACUUGAAUUGAAAAGGCUGAAUCAUGGAGUCAAGUAUAAAUUUGACCCAGGAGGAGAACACAGUCGCCGUGCCUAUACCUAUGGUACAAAUAAGAAAAAAGAAAAAUAUGAAAAGAAAUAAAAACAAGAAAAUGAGGACAAUGUUGUACCGAACGAACGUGACGUGCGGUGUUACGAUAACCAGAAAUAAAUGGUUUCAAACGAAUAAAAUACUCAGCGUACCAGUUCCAGUUCCACUGCUACCAGAGCCUCAGAAACUUCCUCCUCCCAUUCCUGAAGGAAAGAUUGUCCCAGAAAUAAACAUGGCAACUGUCAGUCAAGACAUUUGGGGGAAGAAGCGAUGUCUCAAAUCUGGAAAUGAAUAUUUUCCAUCCAUCCCAAAAAUGCUUUUUGCCUCGCCAAAAUGGAUCGCAGUUGAACUCAGAGAUAUUAAACAAGAGUUAAAUCAAACAAAAAGCCUUUUGGACAAUUACCCGUUGAAUUCCUGGCACAAACACACGCAACUAAUGAACACAGCAGGUCAAGUGAUGCCAAUCGUGAGGCAGGAGUUUCAACCAGAAUUUUGUAGCCAAGCGUGGUGCAAAAUGUACGAGUGUCUUAGCACUUUCUCUCUAAUUCCUGAACAUAUUACUCAACCAGACGUGUCUGCCCGUCCACCACAUUUUCUGUCAAUACAUUUAUGUGAAGCGCCGGGAGCCUUCAUUUCUGCAACAAAUCAUUUUCUAUCUACUAAUUACCCAACAAUUCAGUGGGAUUGGCUCGCUACCACCUUAAAUCCACACUACGAAGGAAAUGACAUUGGAACUAUGAUAAAUGAAGACAAGUUGAUCUUGAGUUCAUUGAAUAAUUGGAUUUUUCUCAAAGACACGACCGGGAACUUAAUGAACAGGGCUAAUUUGGACAGUUUAAUUGAGCAGGUUAAACAAAAAUGCCUUAGUUUGGAACACUCUGUUGAUUUGGUCACUGCGGAUGGAAGCAUUGAUUGCCAGACGAAUCCCAUGGAACAGGAGAGCGCUGUCGUAGAAUUACAGUUCACUGAAAUAAUUGCUGCCCUUUCAAUUUUGGGUUUCGGGGGAAGUUUUGUACUCAAAAUAUUCACCUUUUUAGAAUGUCAAACUAUUAGCCACUUGUACAUUCUGUGUUCCUUAUUUGAAGAAGUCCAUCUCUUUAAACCAGCCACGAGCAAAGAAGGAAAUUCAGAAGUUUAUGUCAUCUGUCUAAAGUACAGAGGCCGUAGAGUGUUCAGAAAUCAACUGGACUUUCUAAUAGAACGUGUGGGAUCGAAAACGUCCAUCUUGAGCAGACGUGCCAUUAUUUCUAACAGCUUACCAUUUUAUGGCACAUUCAUGAGCAAAAUUCUUGAAGCCGCCUCGUUCUUCACUCAACAUCAAAUUGCCGUUAUAAAGCGAAACAUCAAAACUUGGGAGGAUAAAAGUGGAUUAUCUCUAACGUAUUAUCAACAUGACAUAAUGCAGCGUCAUGUGUCUUGGGAAUGGAUUGAUCGCUAUGAUGUGAGAUCUCUGCAUCCUAAAAAGUCUUUAUUUAAAUUGAGAUAUUUCCCGCGACAUAUUACACAUGUAGAUCCUAGAUUUGAGAUUGGGUGUCAUCACGAUAAACUCUUGUUGCAUCAAUCGACAGAUUUAUUGGUAAAAAUGGAACAAAUCAAACGACAAAUUGAGCAUUACCAGACAUUUGAAAGUAUGUCAUGGGAUGUGUCUGAAAUUUCGGGCUCAUUUUCCCAACUCUCCCCUCUCGUGGGUCGCCCAUACAAAAAUAUAUUGAGCUCUCGUUUCUGUUUUGGAAAAAUCCUACAAAUGCGAAGCGAUUUGAGAGCAGCUAUAGAACCCGUGUGGUCCUUAAAGCAUUGUAAAAUUUGGGUGGCUGGGCGCAAACAGUGUGAUACCACUGAUACUUGUAUUACCUGUAAUCCUGAAAGUAUUCGGUACCACUUUUCACGAGUGUUAACAGACUUGCCGCAAGAAGACUGGGAAUUUAGUUUCCUCUGCUGUGCAGAGUCAGUGAGUGACAUCUUGAAUUACUCUGAUGCCCAGAGAACUCGAAAAGCACUGCGAAAAAUGCUGCUGAAAAUUUCAAAACUUGAAAUUAACCAGUCCUUGUUCCUCUGCACAUUUCCACUCUUGUCAAGAAUUCAACUCGGGUUUAUGUAUGCUCUAAAUGCAAUUUUUAAUAUGGUUGUACUCGGUUCUGGAGGGAAUAUGUACGGUAAGGAGUACCCUCAAGGAAUUCUCCUCCACCGAUAUAAAGGCAUAAACUCCAUCAAAGAUCGGAAUAUGAUACUGGAACUAGUCCGUAUUGUCAAUGAGAUGGAUAAAAGUGAUGCAAAUAGGCGUGGUGAAGCCAUACUGGAAGUCGUACCAGCUAAGAACCUGAUUGAACUAGCCAACUUUAACGAUAUCUUGACCUACAAUUUAGUCAACACGGCAAAUGAAUUGUCCCAAAUUAUAACGGAAACUAAGGACGUCAUGAUGCAGCCGAAAUCUGAUGAACCAAAUUCACUUACAUCUACAUCUAUCUUGCAACCCUGAUUAACUCACUUUAAUUUACGCUGUUAUUUAAAUAUUACUUGUUAUUAAUUUUAACUAUCAUAACUACACAAAUCCAGACAAACCGAGUGAUUCGUGUCAUUCUUUGUAACUUUGAGACUGGUUCACAAAGAUUGAUAUCGAUAUCAAUCGAUUAGUAAAACUUUUAAAUCACCUUCAUAGAACGGGUAGUUAAAUUCAGAAUUAUAAUGUGUUCACACAUAAUUAUUAUACUAGAAAAUAUUGAGAUGUUUGCUGCUAAUAAAGGAACUUUUUAAUAUAAUAAAAAUACUCGAUUUACUGUUAUCGUUCGUUAUCUCAAAAGCCAGGCAGCAUAGAGUUUUGCUCUGAGGGAUCACCAACUCCCAAAAUGACGUUGGCCUCAGCGCCUAGCACCUCAGGACUUUGGAAUGGAGUGCUGCAGAAGUAGCAGCCAUGUCGCCCGUCCUGCCGCACCUCCGCGCGCUCCUCCCCGCUCAGGUGGACGAAGAGAUGACGUGUCAAAUUUCCUUGCUGGGUGAACUUCUGCUUGCAGGUGGGGCAGCCGAAGUUCUUGCGACCUUCGUGCACAUUCACGUGGUCGAUAAAUUGCUGACGGAGAAAGAACACUUUUUGGCAGUGGGGACAUUUCUCAUGGAAAAGUGAGGACCGCUCCAGCUCGUCGCGGUUGAGGUGGGUGCGGACGUGGAGGCGAACACAGGUUCUGUUGGUGAAGGCACGAAGCCAGGUUUUGCAUCGGAAGAUUUCCCCACGACGCGACGACCACGUUCAUUCCCUUUUCGGGCUAACUCUUUGGCUUUUGAUGAUCUGUUGUUGGGUGAAGAGGAGGACACGUGGUCAUCGUCACGUGCUGUUGGACAUGGUUGCAUGGAAUGAGUCUGUCGAUCAAGAAGUCGUCCGUUCACUUGAAAACUUUCCCCUUUGUCGACUUUCUCCGUUGUGACGACGAGAGCUUUCUGUCCUUCGAGCAACUUCUGGGUGACCUCCAUCCCGUCCAGCGUCUCGUACUGUUCGGAACUUCCUCCACUAGA